AGCACCAAUUGUACUAGGGCCUUUCAACGAAAGAGAAACUACAAGGACUUGAAUGAAAUUUGGCUCAAACUAGGUGGACCAGGACGUAAUUUGAGUGAGGACAGACUGCACCAGGCCUUGACGAAAAGAAAAACCCUAUAUGAAUAUGAACGAAGCUUCUUCCUUGAUCUUGAACUGGAUUUGGUAAGCUCGCUCACCCACAACCGCAAAGAGAACACCCCUGCAAGCGCAUACGGAUUAGUACCUCUCAGUAUCAAUCAUCAUCAUCAGCUCUUGGACAAAGAUUGCUGCAACUUCAUUGGGGCAGUUAUUCCUCUUAGGUCUAAUUACAGUAAACCAGAUCCAAAAGUCGAUUCACACUAUUGUAGCAAACAUGGCACAACUCUUCAGUUACACGGCCUGCAGACAGUUGUCUCAGAUGUUCCUGGCAGUAAUAUUUUUUCACGGUUCUGAAUACAUUUUAGCCGUUGCCAUUCACGGGAAAUCAAACGUUACUCUUAAGUCACUUCUGAUCAGCAAAAACUAUCUUCUUGCGAUGGUUUUUUCCUUGGUGGAAUACUGUGUUGAAAUUAUUUUGUUCCCUGGUCUCAAGGAACACUGGUGGGUCAGCAACUUAGGCCUUGCAAUGGUCAUAAUAGGCGAAAUCAUACGGAAGAUGGCAAUAAUUACAGCUGGUAAGUCCUUUACACAUCUUAUAAGGACUCAUUCCUCAGAGCAUCACAGAUUGAUUACGAAUGGAGUUUAUAGAGUUGUUCGUCAUCCUGGUUACUGUGGUUUCUUCAUAUGGUCGUUGGGUACUCAAAUAAUGCUCUGUAAUCCUGUAUCAACAAUUGCAUUUGCACUUGUAGUGUGGCGCUUCUUUGCACAAAGAAUUCCGUAUGAAGAGUAUUUCUUGAGGCAGUUUUUUGGGCCGCAGUACGAGGAAUAUGGCCAACGGAUUCCUUCGGGCGUGCCUUUUGUAAAGUGAAGAUCGAAUUCCAUGAGAUUUUGUGGGCAGGGUUACUUGAUCAAGAAUAGUGUUGUGUUGUUGAACUGGUAAUGGGUUGCAAGGGAGACCGAAUUACUUCAUCGCCUACUACAGCUUAGUUGUUGCUUGGAGGUUUGGAGCGGAUCAUAUUCAGUGAAACCGUUGUUGAGAUUGAUAGAAUGCAUCCAUCCCCGAUUCCUGUUGUGCGAUUUGUUUACAGAAUGUAUCAACCAAUUUAGAAGGCUUAAAUUCAGAGGAAACGGAAAAUUACUGACUCUAGCUAUUUGUGUACUUUUCACAGAUCAUGCUUGAUGGAUGUGUUCAAGUUAGGUUUAUAUAUCUAGUUGCUUUUGUAU